CCCUAAUAUCCAUAUGUUAGCAGAUUUUGUUUCAUAUGUCUAAAAAAGAACCUAGAUUUAAACAACAAUGGCAAAAGAACCCAACAUCAAAACAAAGCGAGGCAGAAAAAAACAAUCAAUUGAGAAAGUUCGCACAUUUCUCAUACAGACUCCGAAUGGUAAAGAUCACUGUUAUCACAUCGCGUAGUAGUAGCGGUAAACUGAGUCAUUUAACAACGUAUACAAUUAAUUAAAGCAGAAAUUGUUUGUAAAUGAUUCGUCAAAUCUUGUGUGCGAUUGUUGUUACAGCAUUGUGUGCACUUCCGACAUCGGGACGUAAGCAGGUUCACCGUGACGAUGUGGAUAUACAUACUCAAUAUCAUUCAGCAGCUUCCCCCAUAAUCUAUGACUAUUUGGGCAAUUGUUAUGGAACUUCAUUUAGUUUUAGGGGUCGUUGUGUAGCCUACAAUCAAUGUCCUAGUGCUGUACUAAAUUGGCAAUAUUAUCAUCAGAUGCCAUUCAAUUGUUAUUAUAGGGGCACAGAGAAUUUUAUUUGUUGUCCUGAGGCUUAUGUAACGACGACAACGGCUGCAAUACAAAAGCCAUUGUUUUAUCCUUCGCCCACAAAUCCUUUUUUGCCUAGUGGCUAUGGCAACUAUGACACUCAAGAGCAACGUAUUAGUGAACAAGAAUGCUCUUCCAUAUAUCAACAAAAAUCAAAAUCUAAACGACGUCAUAGAUCGAAAAGAUCAGAAACUAAUACUACCGCCAAUGGUAUUCAGCCCAGUAUAACCGAAGAAGAAGCAACAUCUGAGCCCGUUGAAGAGGAAGUUAUUGUAAAGAAAAAAUUGGAUGAUAUCGAAAUAGUUGGUGGGAGCCAAACCUAUCAAAAUGAAUUUCCCUAUAUGUGUGCUCUUGGCUGGCGUAAAUCAUCUUCCAAACAUGCUGAUACUUCGUAUAAUUGUGGAUGUGUGUUAAUAGCACGAAAAUACGUAAUAACCGCUGCCCACUGUGCCACUAUAGGGGGGGAAUCCCCUUCAGUGGUUCGUUUGGGUGGUGUUGAUUUGGAAGAACGCCAUGCUGAAAUCAUUAAAAUAAAACGCAUCACCCAACAUCCUAAUUAUGACUCCAAUAUGGCUUACAAUGAUAUUGCUGUGGUUAAGAUGGAGAAGAGUUCUAGAGAACAACCUGCAUGUUUGUGGUCGAACGAAGGAUUGCCUCAACAAAUUCUAACGGCCUUGGGCUAUGGACAAACAAAAUUUGCCGGACCAUCAUCGAAUAGUCUUCUCAAAGUACAACUAAGUGUUUUGACCAAUGAGAAUUGCAAUUCUUACUAUAAAUCUGGAGACAAAUUGGCGCAUGGCAUAGAUGCUGGACAAAUUUGUGCAGGUGAUGCCCAGGGAAAAAGAGAUACAUGUCAGGGUGACUCUGGUGGACCCUUACUAAUGUAUGUUGCCAAAUAUAAUACCUAUGUACCCUACAUUGUGGGUCUUACGUCAUUCGGAGAAGGCUGCGCCACAGGAGUGCCCAGCAUUUAUACUCGGAUAUCAAAUUUCAUCGAAUGGAUAGAAGAAGAAGUAUGGAAUUAAUUACAGAACACAAUAGGGAAAUAAUAAAAAGAAGAUUAUGAUAAGAGAAAAAUGUUGAAAUUAAAAAUGAAACCAUUUUCAAAAUCAUAUUUGAGAAACUUUUUAAAAAUUUGACAUAUUUGAAUUUUUUUUACAAAAUGUUAAAUAAAAAACCUGAAACUCCCAGGCUAGGCCUCAAAAAUAGUUCAUUAUAAAAAAACUCUUUGGCAUUAUCAAUAGAAUUUGAAAUUAUUGUUAAAACUA